UGCUGCUGGUGUUUCUGCUGUGGACGCGCGCGUGUGUGUUUUAGACCGGUAUUCAGUGGUACAGAUAUUUCUUCUGCAGUCUUGUAACUGGAUCUCACCAUCGUGGUAACCUCUCAGAAUUUAAGCCUUGGGAUUUAUUCUACUGAUUGUGCACUAAAGGGAGUAAAACGCCAGCAGUUAACUGGAACGAAACACUACCGACAACGUCAAGUCGAUGCCAAGAAAGUUAUGGAAAGUGUGUAAAAACUUUAGUCUGGUUUAAGUUACGUUGGAAGAUGUUGAAACUUCAUUCGGUGUUUUUUGGUCAGAUAUGGAUUGACUAUUCUACUUUGUAAGAGAAGGCCGCUACAAGUGCAACUUUUUCUUACUUUUUUAAAAGUGAUUCUUUUAUAUCAUUUAACACAUUUUGAAAACGACACUGGCAAUAAAGUUCCAGAAAUUAAUCUGAAAUAUUCUUGAAGUGCUGCUUCAGCAUGAGUGGAUUUGAUAUGGAGUCACUAUAGCUUUCACUGCGAUCUUGAACUCGUGUAAUUUUCAGAGAAGUGCAUUUAUUAUACGAGGUUUUAAAUUCUACACAUCCGUUCUUUUGGAAUACAGUCAUGAACUUCAUCUUGAGCGUAAUAAAUUUGGUUCUGGCCUUCGUUUUAUAUUUAUCAACGGUAAAGAGUGCGUAUUUACCUGAGAAUGGAGAAAGAAGAACAAAUGAAGUUAUACAGUUUUUGGAAGUCUUUGAGAGGAGCUACUGUCGAACGAUAGAGACAUUAGUAGACAUCUUCCAGGAGUAUCCUGAUGAAGUAGAGUACAUUUUCAAGCCUUCUUGUGUACCACUUAUGAGAUGUGCAGGGUGCUGUAAUGAUGAAAGUUUAGAGUGUGUUCCCACAGAAACAUAUAAUGUAACUAUGCAGGUAAUGAGAAUGAAAUUCAAACAUGGUCAACAUGUCAGUGAAAUGAGUUUCACAGAACACAGUAGAUGUGAAUGCAGACCAAAGCAAGAUGUCAGAGAGAAAAAAGAAAAAAAAUUCAAGAAAAGCAAAGGCAAAGUUCUUAAACGAAAGAGAAAGAAAAGCAAAGACAAAAAUCCCAGCUCCCACUGUGAGCCUUGUUCAGAGAGAAGAAAACACUUGUUUGUACAGGAUCCACACACCUGUAAAUGUUCCUGCAAAUUCACACAGUUGCGUUGCAAGUCCAAGCAGCUUGAGUUAAACGAAAGAACUUGCAGAUGUGAAAGGCCGAGAUGAUUAGAAGACAAUACAGCGGCAUAAAGAUGAAGGAAACAGAGCACAGCACUUUGAAUUCAUUUUUUAACCAGAACAUUCCCAGGAAAAUUAGAAGUACCACAUAUAUUUUUAAAACAUAAAUAUACAUAUAUAUAUAUUUAUAUAUAUAUAUAUAUAUAUAUAUAAAUAUAUAUAUAGAUCUAUAUAACAUAUAAAUAAAAACAAUGAAUUCUUCUGCUGCUAUGAAAUUUCUGGGAUUCAAAAACAUAUGUGUAUAAACACAUAUAUAAAUAUUUAAAAAGACCUUUUUUCACUGGAUGCAAUUGGUCUGCUGUGGAUUUUGUAUUGUGAACUGAAGUAUCUGGAGUAAAAAAAAAAGUUAACAGAGAAAAAAAUAGAACUCAACCCUACUGAGUGCCUCAAGACAUUUCCAGAAUGUUCACUUCAAGACAGAUGGCUGCUUUUGUAUGGAAAUUAAAAAUAUACCAAAAGGACAAAUGUCAAAAGGUCCAAAGGAAGAGUGAAUACGGAAUGUUUAUUAUUUUUUAUGUUCCACUUUCAUCAUUGUACUGGAAGUAGGAUUCCUGGACUACUUUAAGAAGAGUUUAGCUACUAAUAGUAAAUAGGACUGAAUUUUAAAGGGAUAUUAAUUAUGGCUGUAUACUUACACACGUGUGUAUUUGUACAUGCAUUGUAUGCGUAUACAUAAACAUGUGCAGAGAGAGAUUUAAAAAUGACUUGAUUCCACAUUGUGAUAAGUGCCAGUUGCGUAUGCUUAAUUGAUCUGUUUGUCCUUCCAAAGAAAAAUAUUGCACACUGUUCUAGUGUCAAACACAUCCUUGAUGCCAGAACAGUGUGCAGCAUUUUAUGAUAUAUAUACAGCAACCAAGUAAUUUAUAGUUUGUUUUUUUUCUUCCUCAGUAUUCAGUGUGUAUAUAUUUAAUUGCAUCUUAUUUAUACGCAGUGUUAAAAGGUUAUGUGCUUGUUAUUUGAGGUAAAACUAAGAGCUAUAUCAAUCACCCCCCAUCCAAGUUCAAUGACUGAUUCUUUUAUUUUCCUAUUUCUUGAAAAAGUAACAAAUUACACUUAAACAUUCCAAAACAAUGUUUUGUGUUAUGACCUCCUCUUAAACAUAUCUUUUAAGUUUUAAGUUAAGGAAAAAGACAAACAAGACAAUAUAUACAUAGCCCAUUUUUAACUGCUGUUGUGAAUAUUGUCUUCCUCAUUGUACAGUCUGAAAAUAAUGUUGCACAAGCUUGGUAAAAUUGUACAAAAGUUCAAACUGAGAAAUCACCUACUACCUACUAAUGGCUUCUUUCUGUUUAACCAGACGACUACACUUUUCACUGUGGGCAGUGCAUGUUACCCCAAUUUUGUGUAUAAUUACAGAUAUUAGAUUGCAUUGUUUCUUAUGAAACUUAAAAAAUGCAAUUGGUAUUAAGUUAAAAGGCUUUCUGUAACUAUUUUGUGCAGCCACGGUUUUAGUAUAUUUUGUCACAUUAAUAUAUUUAUUGAUGCGCAACACCGGUCAUUUUUAAAUAUUAACAAGUUGUUUAGUACGUGUAAAAUAUUUUAGCAAAUAUAUUUAUUUUUAAACACAUAAAUUGUUUUUUAUUAUUAUUAAAGAAAUGUCUUUUUUUAUUGUCGCGAUUUGUGGUUUUAAUUUGAGAUUGUGUCUUUAUCUAGUAAAAAAAAAAAAAGCUGAAAUGUCUUGUACAUCAAAACCAUUAUGAACUGAUUAUGAUACACUGAAACAUUCUCAGUGUUGAUUAUCAAAGCAAAAAGGUGAAAAUCACCUUUAUAAAACCUUUAUGAAACUCUCAUUACUUUAAAGUUUUUGAUAUAUAGCUCAUUUUCCAAAUACAGUGUCAAUUUGGGUAUUGUUUCUUUCUUGUCUGAUCUACUUUAACAAUUUGGUUAAAGAAUGUUUCACAAACCCAUGUGUGACUUUCUCAAUCCACUAUUAUUGUUUGGUAAAUAUACAAUGUCUUGAUAAAACAAACCAUAGUAUUGGGAAGUAUGACAUUUUAAAGAAUGAAUUAGUUAUAAAAAAAAAAUCCUAACUUACCCUUUCAAAUUUCUCUUGGGUUGUUCAUAAGAUAAGCACACGGUUUCAAAAAGCAAUGCAAUUUCCAUAUUUGGUGGUUUUAAAAUCACCGUGGAUAUUUUUCCUUUGACUGGUGUGUCUGUAUCUACCAAAGAAACAUUUUCAUAUGUUUACGGCCAAAAUCAUGUAGACUAUACUCGUCACACGCUUAAGGCAUAUUAAAAGUACUAACCUAAUUAAUACUUUUAAGUAUUUUCUGGUGAGUCCUGUGGCUGUACACUCAAAAAUGUUGUGUUAAUUUGGAGCAAAAAUAAUUUAUUCUGUAAAUAUUUUAAUAUAAUUUAGAUGAAGGAAAAGUGAAACUGCACCAGUCUCAGUGAAGAGAUGUGGUCCCUUCAGCUGAUGAAAUGUGUGAUAUUUGUUGUUUGUCACAAUGUGUAUUUCAAAAGAAAGAAAAGGAGGUUGCAUGCAUACCAUACAUACCAUACUAAAAAAGCUUUUCAAACAGAAAAUGCGAAUUUCAAAAUAUAGAAGGAUUAUGCUUUUACCUACUCUUGUUAUUUUUUAAAUUAAAAACUAUAUGGUGUGUUUAAAAUAUCACAAUUAUUUCAAGGGGGUUAUAAGUUAAGUCCUAUUAAAGACAGAGUUGCACAGCAUUUAGUUCUUGUACUGAAUUGUAUUGAAAAUAUGACUGCUUCCUUUAAAACACUGUCAUAAUCGCCUGCAUGUCAAUUAUACCUAACAGUAAACAGAAAGCAGGUACUCAAAAGUACCAUGUAAUAAUGAAAAAUAAAACAAGUUAUACGUUUCCUC